AUAACAUCUUUAUUAUCAGGUUCUCUAGAUUUUUCCUAUUGGACCUCUCUAUAAAGAAGUUUAUUUCGUUCUCCAUUUGUUUGAAGUAGGAGAAUUUAAGUACUUCUUUCACUGAUUCCAUGCUUGUAGGUUGUGCUUCUUCUAAGUUUUCUUUGUCCCAAUUCUCCCAGAGGUCUUCAUCCAGGUUAUCACCUAUUUCUACGAUUCUCCUACCAUCCCUGUACUUUGCUUGUACCACUUUGUACCUUUUGUUUCUAGUGUAUGAUUAUCUUUUCAUUAUAUCAGCCAUAAAAGGUUCACCAGAUGAAUUGUUUUCAGCAGACCAGAUGCACACUCAGUUUCUGGUAUUUCCUUGCAUGCAAGAGACCUCUUUCCUUGUUUUUUCACACUUGAUGUAAUUGCUCAAGAUGUGUAGUUCAAAGUCAUCACCUAAAUCUAUACUACCAUUAUUUUCUUCUGUAUUCAAGUG